AUGGAGCCGGUUCCCGAAACGGAGAGAAUGGAGGAGUUCCGGCCUUCACCCCUCCCGAGCCUGAGACUCUCGGCGACAGCGACGCUCGGUUCUUCUGAGUCGGACUUCCUAAGGAAACCACCUACCAUCCGUCGAUCUACUGAUCCAUCCCCGUCGUCUCCCAUCUCGCCGUCUUGGAUGCCGCUUACGCUCCCCUACCGGCCCCGCGCAUCUUCGCCGUUGUCUAGCAACCACGCCAGAUCGCGGUCAGCAGCAAGCUUGGCGCCGCCAAUGACGCGCACCCAGUCUAUGCCGGGCACGAGUACUACCGGCCAUCUUCUAUACUCUCCCCACAUUCGACCCCAAAGCCCCUCUGGGUCUCCCGGCCGGAUCCGUCUGCCGCGCAAGCCCGUCGACGAAGCCUUCCCUUCCUCGCCAACCCGAGUUUCCGUCCUCGACCACGAGCGAAAGUUGCCAGAGAGGAACACCUCGCCUAACCGAGCUAUGGUCCCUGCGCAAACCAGCACGACGAUGCCGAAAUUGCGACGGCCGUCUUCCCCGCUCUACCAGAUUGCACACGCCAGUAGUACGAGCUCCGGAGCAGCCCCUCCGACCACGCCCUCUUCGACUGCUGCUACCUCGCCGUCAUACCGACCUUACGAUUCUUUCUCGUCCGGCGCCUAUGGCCACCCGGCCGCAUACCUGUCCUCCUCCUCGGUGCCCUCGACCCCGACCUCUGCCCGAUCCAGGAGCCCCAGCAUCUCCAGCCUCGAGACCAUUCCCGACUCGCCCGACGCCGAAGAGGCCGCCCUGGAGGCCGAGCGGAUUGCACAACUGAAGGCGGCCGCGGACGCUGCCGAGGGCGGAGACGCCAAGGGUAGGAGCAGCGUGGAUGUGCCCGCUCGUGGCCGGACUCUGAGCGGUUUCGGCUCGCGCGACAAAAGGAAGCGGUGGAGCGUGUGUGGUGCCGAGAGGCGGCAGGAUCUGGACUUGGAGACGAUUUGGGAGGAUUAG